AACCAUUUCAGUCUUUCAGACAAGAGAGAUAGAGAGAGAAAUCACAUUAAGGAAAAUAAACGAAUCUUCUGAGUUUAAACCCUUUCCGGAGAAAACGACGGAGCAAUGGAGAGAUCAACGCCAGAACAUGUCACCUCCGCACACAAGCGCCUUAGCGUGAGUUUCCUCGUCUCUCUCAUGGUACUUUGUGCUAGACACGCAAACCGAGUCUCCAAGAAGCUCAAACUCAAGACGAAUCGAAAGCAAACUCAUCUCGAAGACUAUCUCGAAAGCCCUAAGCCUAACGGCAACAAAGGCCGUGAAGAAGGCGGAGGAGGAGGAAGGUUUGGAUGGAGUCCGGCACGGUCUUUUUCGCCGAUGAGGGUGCGUCCUAAGGAGCUCAUGACGACCUUGAGCAACAAGGCGAUGACUAUGGUCGGCCGGAAAACUAAACCUUACGACGGUGGUGCCGUGAAGAAGACGGCGGUGGAGAUGAUUGUGGAGGAGGAUGAGGAGGAGUACGGCGUUUGGCAGAGGGAGAUUUUGAUGGGAGGUAAAUGUGAGCCGUUGGAUUACUCCGGCGUGAUCUACUACGAUUGUAGUGGACAUCAGCUAAAGGAAGUGCCUCCAAGGUCGCCACGUGCUAGUUUGGUUCCUGAGCGCCCGACCCGUUCUUAUGUCGGGUCACUGUUAAACCCGACGGAAAAAGAAAUUUAAAAUUUAGUUUUGAGAGUUUGAUUGGUAUAAUUUGCAGUGUCAUCAGUUGAGUGGUCAAAGUUCUGUAGGAUCUUUGGUUGUUCUCUUGUUAUUGGUAGAUGCGCAUGACAUGUCUUAUUAUGCAUAUAGUUGUGUAAUUUAAAUUUAUGUACUUAUAUAAUUGCGCUUGGCAAAAUUUUAAAGUUUAGUAAUUUUCAAAAAAUCCAAUACAAUAAAUAAUUUUUCCAUA